AUGAAGCGCUCUUUUGAUGAAACUGAUCAAACAACUGAUGAUAAUAGUUCUACAAAACCAAAAGAAGCAAGAGUUAAUGCACCGAAUAUUACCUGGAGUCACACAUGGUCAUUUAAUGAAUCACGUGAUGCUUUAUCAGAAUCUUUUUUUGCUAAUAUUCCUAAUGAAAUUCUAUUACGCAUAUUUCAACUAUUUUCUGUACGCGAUUUGUGUAGUAUUUCAUUGCGUGGAUACAGAACUGGAUGUAUGCAAUGUGCGCUACCUUCAUAUCCUGUUCGACCAUCUAAGGAACAAAGAUUCGAAUCUAUUGCUGGAUUCACCGAGCAUCCGAACUCAUCAGCAGAUAUGACUAUCGAACUAUCGGUGAAUAUUGAUACUACAGCUCGUGAACUUGUACAACUACUUGAAAAAACAUCAAAAUUCCAAAAGCAAUGGCAGCAAUCUCCUAUUUUAAAACAAAUGAUAACAAGAUACUAUCGUUUUAUGCGAUUGAAAGCAUCUCAUCCAACAAAUAUUCUAUUGAUUCCUACCAUGGAUAUUGAAAUUGUCUGGCAGACCCAUUUACUUCGGCCUGAAAUGUAUCAAGCUGACUGUCUUCGUUUGUUUCGUCGCGUAAUUGAUCAUUCAUUACUAAUUACUGAUAUUCAGAAAAUGUUGAAAGACCAAGCAUUUCAAGAUACUUGCCAAUUAUAUGAAAAAACAUAUGGCGAACAAUAUUGUUCAUUAUCAGCAAAUGAUGAUAAACAAGAAAGUGCAUCGAAUAUGUCUCGUUUUAUUUCAAAUAUGAAUCGUCGCUCUAAGCCCACCUAUGCUUAUUGGGAUAAGACACAAUGCAAAUUUUCAACGCAACCACUGAAGGAUUACGAGAAUCCUUUUUCAUUUACUGAAGCUGAUAUUAUUCUAGAUAUGAGCUGGCUUGAUUCAUGCAAACAGUUUAUGCGUAACGCCCUGGACAACACUCCUGGCGAAGCUUAUGAUCCUGAUGAAUGUUUUGAUAUUGAUCUUGGUGAAGGAGCAAUGAAAAGAUUAACAAAAUCGUACGAACGAUUUUUAUAUAUGGCAGCCAAAUAUCCACUAGAGAAAAGCAAUGAUUUCGUGCCUCCUACUUAUGCGAUCGACAUUAUUUGGCACUCUCAUAUGCAAGAACCAUUGAAUUAUAGAGCUGAUUGUAUUCGUUUUGUUGGAUAUGUUGUCAAUCAUGCGCCAUGGCCGAUGAUUGAAGACGAUAUCAUGAAAAAAACAAGUGAUCGAUCAGACGAUAUAUGGAAAAAUGAGUUUCAAGCGGAUAUUGAAACUGAUCAUCUCUAUAAUACCAUUAAACAUUAUGUUAAUUGGGAGGACGAAUAA